UCUAGAUAAGGUGUAGAAAGUAAAAUUGAGGUAUAAAAUUCUAUCAGGAAAAAGUAUCUUCCAGUACAAAAAUAUAAUGCAAGGAUACCAAUAUAACAUAUCAAACUCAAAUUAUAAUAAUUUGGGUUAUCUUAGAGUCGUUGCUAAUAUCAAUGACAAACAUGAUCGUUCUGCUCCUUCGAAUUACCACUGGAAAGUACUGAAAUGUAGAAUGAUAAUAUUUUCUGCUUCAUCUCUACUGGCGAGUCCAGACAAAAGUGACGUUAAACAAAUACACAUUAUUUUCAAUAAAAUAGGGAAUGAUUACGAUCGUCUGACUUCUUUAUUUUUGAAAUAUUCUUUAACUCAAGAUGGUACUAUUGGGCAAGUGACUUCCGAGAUAUACCAAAUGUGUUUCCAUUACACUAUGUCGGCUAAAAUCGCACCUAUUUGGAACGUCUUGGGAUAUAAUCAUUUGAUAAACAAUAGAGAUUUUUUAACGGCUCCAGGACCACAAGAUGGUAUUCAAUGUACAAUUGUUGCGAACAAAUCAACAUUAACAUUGCAAUUGAAGCCAGUGAAAAUCCACUUGAUAAAGUGUAAAAACGAAAAAUACUUAGAAGGUGAAAGCAUAAGAGUUCUUCCUAGCCUCAAUAAAGGUAUAAUAGAAGAAUAUUAUGACGCUUUACCUCAAUCGGCUAACUUUAAGUGUUAUAAAGAUCUACGGCGUCAUUGGAAAAAUAUUCACGGUUACCGACUACCUGAAGAGGAGCAUCCAUAUUAUUAUGCGGUUAGAUUUUGGCGCGGCGAUCCGUUGACAUACCCUGCAAUUUGCUUAACAAGAAACUUCCCUAUCAUUACACCCUUACCAAAAUCAGCAGAACGACAAAUAUUAAUGAAAUUUAUUAAUUGCUUAAAAAGUAAGAUGCCAACAUUUCUUGGAAUUCCGCUUACGAUUGAAGCAAAUAGUACCGAAAGAAAUUUGGAAAACAUUAAUCACAGGGAAAUUUUGUCAGAGACGCAAGCCGUGAGCCUUUGCACACCAACUCAGUAUCAACGCAGAGAUAAUUUAUUUUAAAUACUUAACUACUCAUAUCAA